UUUCCUCCAUCUCUCUCCCAUUCUCCAUUUUCCCCAAAAGACACUCUCUCGUUGUCUCUGCUCACUUCCCCCUCUCUCAAUCAAACCCUAAUUCGCCAUGGCCGGAGCCAAGAAGGCUCCCCUAACCUCCAGCAACAAUGCCAAUAUUCCACCGCCUGAAACCGCCCCCACCGCCGGCAGCAAAAAAACCAUUGAGCAAAUGUACCAGAAGAAAUCGCAGCUGGAACACAUCCUCCUCCGCCCCGAUACCUACAUCGGUUCCGUGGAGAAACACACACAAAAUCUGUGGGUCUACGACAACGACCAGAUGGUUCAGAGAUCGGUCACGUAUGUCCCCGGUCUUUACAAGAUCUUCGACGAAAUUCUCGUCAACGCAGCCGACAACAAGCAGAGAGACCCCAAGAUGGACUCGGUGAAGGUCACUAUAGACGUCGAAUCCAACACUAUUAGCGUCUACAACACUGGGGAUGGGAUUCCUGUUGAGAUUCAUCAGGAGGAAGGGGUCUAUGUGCCGGAAUUGAUAUUUGGGCAUUUGUUGACGAGUAGCAAUUACGAUGACGAUGAGAAGAAGACGACGGGUGGGCGGAACGGCUAUGGGGCCAAGCUCACCAACAUAUUCUCCACCGAGUUUGUGGUCGAGACUGCGGAUGGUAAGAGGCAGAAGAAGUACAAGCAGGUUUUCUCCAAUAACAUGGGAGCAAAAUCUGAGCCUACAGUUUCGAAAUGCAGAGCUAGUGAGAAUUGGACUAAGAUUACUUUCAAGCCAGAUUUGGCAAAAUUUAGCAUGACUUGUUUGGAGGAUGAUGUUGUUGCUCUAAUGAAGAAACGUGUGAUUGAUGUUGCUGGAUGUCUUGGUAAAACAGUCAAGGUGGAAUUGAACGGACAGAUGUUUCAGUUCAAAACGUUUUCAAAUUACUGCGAACUUUAUUUGAAAUCUGUAGCUGCUUCCGACUCGGACCCACUCCCAAGAUUUGAGGAGCAUGUGCAUGAUAGGUGGCAGAUUUGUAUAAGUCGAAGUGAUGGACAAUUUCAACAGGUCAGCUUUGUCAAUGGAAUUGCAACAACCAAAGGCGGGACUCAUGUUGAUUACGUUACUAAUAAGAUAGCAAGCCAUCUUGUUACUGUUAUAAAUAACAAGAAUAAGAAGAGCAAAAGUUUUGAGCUCAAACCUCAUAAUGUGAAAAAUCAUUUGUGGGUAUUUGUCAAUGCACUCAUUGACAACCCUGCUUUUGACUCUCAAACAAAGGAAACCUUGACACUCCGAGCAGGAAGUUUUGGCUCCUCUUGGGAUUUCACAUCGAAAUUCUUAGACAAAGUGGCUAAGUCAGACAUAAUGAAGAAUAUUGAGGAAUGGGCAGAGUUUAAACAACAAAAGGAUCUUAAAAAAACAGAUGGAUCAAAAAACAAAAGGGUUCUUGUAGAGAAGCAUUCCGAAGCUCAUGAGUGGGGUAAAAAAGAAGCAGAUCAGUGCACAUUGAUUUUGACAGAAGGAGAUUCUGCCAAGGCACUAGCAAUUGCUGGGCUCACAAUUAUCGGGAAAAAACACUAUGGUGUGUUUCCUCUCAGAGGAAAGUUGCUCAAUGUGAGGGAAGCAAGCCAUACUCAGAUAAUGCAAAAUGCUGAGUUUACUAAGCUCAAGCAGAUUCUUGGUCUCCAGCAUGGUGUAAAAUAUGACGAUAACAAAUCACUCAAGUCACUCAAAUAUGGUCAUGUGAUGAUUAUGACUGAUCAGGAUCAUGAUGGUUCCCACAUCAAGGGUUUGUUAAUCAAUUUAUUCCAUUCAUUCUGGCCAGCAUUGCUCAAAGCUCCUUCAUUUCUUUUGGAGUUCAUAACCCCUAUCGUCAAGGCCAAACAUAGGGAUGGCAGAAGAAUAGAAGCGUUCUAUACCAUGCCUCAGUAUGAAGCAUGGAAAGAACGAUUGGGGCAUGAAGCAAAAAAUUGGACCAUAAAGUACUACAAGGGGCUGGGAACUAGUACAGGUGAAGAAGCGAAGGAGUACUUUCGAGACCUUGAAAAACACAAGAAAGAUUUUGUCUGGGAGAACGAUGAGGAUGGCGAGGCAAUUGAACUUGCUUUCAGUAAGAAGAAGAUAGAAGCCCGAAAAAGUUGGCUCCGACAAUUUGAGCCUGGUACAUUCCUUGAUGAUGUGGACAAACACAUUAAGUACCGCGACUUUGUUCACAAGGAACUGAUAUUGUUCUCAAUAGCAGAUGUUCAGAGAUCAAUUCCAUCCAUGGUUGAUGGAUUGAAACCUGGACAAAGAAAGAUACUUUUCUGUUCUUUCAAGAGGAACUUUAUCAAGGAAGCAAAAGUGGCACAAUUUUGUGGUUAUGUAUCAGAACAUUCAGCUUAUCAUCAUGGAGAGCAGAGCCUUGCUGGUACCAUAAUUGGCAUGGCUCAAGAUUUUGUCGGGAGCAACAAUAUAAACCUUCUUCUACCAAAUGGUCAAUUUGGUACUCGAGGCCAGGGUGGCAAAGAUCAUGCCAGUUCUAGGUACAUUUACACGCAGCUGGCUCCAGUUACAAGAUUUUUGUUUCCGAAAGCAGAUGAUAUUCUACUUAACUAUUUAAAUGAAGAUGGACUGUCAAUUGAACCCACAUGGUACAUGCCAAUCAUACCAAUGGUUUUAGUGAAUGGAAGUGAAGGAAUAGGCACUGGAUGGAGUUCCUUUGUACCUAAUUACAACCCUUUUGACAUUAUUAGAAAUAUUAGGCACUUGUUGAAUGAUGAACCAAUGGAGGCAAUGCAUCCGUGGUAUAAAGGAUUCAUUGGUUCAAUUGAAAAAAAUGUGAUGAAGGAUACUGGAAGCUACACUGUUUGCGGAAAUAUAGAGGAGGUGGAUGAGAAUACUCUAAGGAUAACUGAGCUUCCAAUCCGAAAGUGGACUCAAGAUUACAAAGAGUUUUUGGAGUCUGUUUCAGCUGACAAUGAUAAGAGCACAGAUCCUUUCAUCAAGGAAUUCUGUGACAACAGUGGUGGAGAAAUAGUGCAUUUCUCACUUUGUAUGUCAGAGGAGAAACUUCCAGCUGUCAAGCAAGAGGGUUUGCUAAAGAAAUUAAAGCUGUCCACGACUAUUAACACAAGUAACAUGCAUCUUUUUGAUUCGCGAGGUGUAAUAAAGAAAUAUGACACUCCUGAACAGAUUCUUGAAGAAUUCUUUUAUCUAAGGCUGGAGUUCUAUGACAAAAGAAAAAAAGCUGUGUUGGCCAUCCUUGAGAAGGAGAUGUUGAAAUGUGACAACAAGUGUAGAUUUAUACAAGGUGUUGUUGAAGGUAGCAUCAUUGUGAGCAACAGGAAAAGGGCUGAUUUGUUUCUUGAGUUGAAGGCGAAGGGUUUCACUCCUUUUCCUAAGAAGGAAAAUGCUCCAGAAGUUUCUGUAGCUGGUGCAUCUAAUGAUGCAGAGGAAUCUGAAGAGUCCAGUGAAGUGCCAAUAGCUCAGGGUGUUUCUUCUAGUGAUUAUGACUACUUACUGUUGCUAUCAAUUAAUACCUUAACUCUUGAAAAGAUGCAAGAGUUGCUUGCUGAGAGGGAAAAGCGUGUGGCAGAAGUUGAAGACCUGAAAUCAACAUCAGUGAAGAUGUUGUGGAUGAGAGAUAUUGAUGCUUUGGAAGCCAAACUUGUUGAGGAAUUAAAUAAAUAUGAGAAAAAAUUGGAGGAGGAUAGAAAAAGGAUACAUGAUGGUGCAUAUGCAAAAGGACCACAAAAAAAUCCACGAAAGAAGACCCAGAAGACAACCAAGAAGGAACCUGCUGAAGACCCUAUGGAUGUUUCUCAGAACACUAUGCCUCAUACUGUUGCCGAAGUCAAGAAACCAAGAGGCAGGCCACCUGCUAAGAAGAAGGCACCAGCUGCUAAGGUCACUUCAACUGCUGAUGAAGAUGAAAUAUCUGAUCUUAGACAAAGAAUGGCUGCUUACAAUUUUAACUCUUCACCUGAUCGUUCAGAAGAUAUGGAAUCUGAGGUGUCCCAGGGGCCAACUAACAAUCAAGCAGCCAAAAGGGGUGUUGCAAAGAAGACGACGUUAUCAAGUGUUUCGGAGAUUGAUGACAAUGAUGCUGAUAUUGUGGAAAUCAUUGAUGAUGAUUUUGAGAUUGAAGAGAAGAAAAAGAAGGGCGGUAGGAAACCAGCAAACGGCAAAGCAGUAGGAAAACCUCCUCCUGCUGCGACGAAGAAAAGAGCUCCAGCUAGCAAACAACCUCAGCUUGUUGGACAGAAGCUGAUCACCCAAGUACUGAAGCCUGCAGAAGUUUCUCCAGAUAAGAAAGUGAGGAAGAUGAGAGAAUCACCAUUUAACAAGAAGAGUGGUUCUAUUCUUGGAAGGACUAUCAAUGAUGAUGAUGAUGAAGAAGAGGAUGCUUCAGAAGCCUCUGCUUCUACUUUGGGAAGUGCGACUGAUGCAGCCCUGUCAGUAGUUAGACCAAAGAGGGCCAACCGGACUCAGAUGAAGUAUGUCAUAAGUGAUUCUGAGAGUGAUCAGGCUGAUGAUGAUGAUGAUGAUGAUGACGAUGAUGACACAGCUCAUGAAGAAGACUCUGACUUCAGUGACGAUGAGGAUUAGAUUACUUUUACUUGAUCCGGGACAAGGCUAAGGUGUAUUUGUACGAGUCCUUUGUGUAUGGCUGACUUUGAAUCAUGUUAUGGAAUUCACCUGCCUAUCUCUUUCUAUCGCUGUGGCAAUUGGUUCCUCAACUUUUAUUUUGUUUGACUGCUAAUUUGUUACUCUGUUCUAAUUGAGUUAGUUUUAUCU